AUGUUUGCAGUCUUGGUGGAAGACUUUAAAGAGCAUAUCAGCAAGCUGGUCAAGUAUUUCAGCCGCCAGCUCUCCUGCAAGAGGAAAGUGGCCCUGCAGGAGCGCAAUGCCAAGCUGGAGGGCUUCCCGCAGCUCCUGCACUGGUUCCGCAUCGUCAACAUCCGCAAGGAAGUCAUGGAGGAAAUCGUUCCUGGCCAGCUGAGCCUCGAAGAUCUUCUGGAAAUGACAGACGAGCAGGUCUGUGAGACGGUGCAGAAGUUUGGGGCCAACAGAGAGGAGUGUGCCCGCCUCAACGCCUCCCUGUCCUGCCUGAGGAACGUCCAUAAAUCAGGAGGGAGCCUGUCCAAACAAGACUGGACCAUCCAGUGGCCAAUGACCGAGACCGGCAAGGAGAACAACUCUGCGUGCCAAUCAGAAUCCAUGCAGUGGAUUCGAACUCACCUUUCUCCAAGCCCUAAAUCUCAGUCCAAAUGCAUUCAGCGUUACUGCCUCCAGGGCUUGUCUCAUGGAUCAGUGUACACCCAUGUGGACAGGCUGACGGUGGAAGGCUUUCUGGGACUGUGUCCUCCUCUGGAAUCGGGCCACCGCUCCUUGCCACCAUCCCCAAGACAGCGGCAUGCUGCCCAUACACCACCACGCACCCCUAAUAUAGUCACCACCAUGACUCCGCCUGGCACCCCGCCAAUCAGGAGGCGAAACAAGGGGAAACCUCCAGGCACUCCGCCCCCCUCCUCCCGCAAACUGAUCCAUCUUUUCCCGGGUUUCACGGCCUUGCAUCGCAGCAAGUCCCAUGAGUUUCAGCUGGGAAAUCGAGUGGACGAGGCUCACACGCCCAAAGCAAAGAAAAAGAACAAACCCUUGAACCUCAAGAUCCACAACAGCGUGGGGAGCUGCGAGAACAUCCCAGCCCAGCGCUCUCCCCUCCUCUCCGAACGGUCCCUGCGGUCUUUCUUUGUCGGACACCCACCUUUCCUUCCUUCUACCCCUCCUGUCCAUACUGAUGGCACAUUCUCCACAAAUACACUCUCAGUACCUCGCUGGUCCCCGCAAAUUCCUCGACGAGAUCUUGGAAACUCAAUUAAACAUAGGUUUUCCACCAAGUACUGGAUGUCUCAGACAUGCACCGUCUGUGGGAAAGGGAUGUUGUUUGGGCUGAAAUGUAAAAACUGCAAGCUAAAGUGCCACAACAAAUGUACCAAAGAGGCCCCACCGUGUCACCUUCUGAUCAUCCACCGUGGAGACCCAAAGCAACUAGUCCGGACAGAAUCCGUGCCAUGUGAUAUUAACAACCCAUUGCGGAAGCCUCCUAGAUACUCAGACCUGCACAUCAGCCAGACCCUUCCCAAAACCAACAAAAUCAACAAGGACCACAUUCCAGUGCCCUACCAGCCUGACUCCAGCAGCAAUCCCUCAUCGACAACGUCGUCUACGCCUUCCUCACCAGCUCCUCCCCUGCCACCCAGCGCCACACCGCCUUCUCCCCUGCAUCCCUCCCCACAGUGCACGCGGCAACAGAAGCAGUUCAACUUGCCAGCUUCCCAUUACUACAAGUACAAGCAGCAGUUCAUCUUCCCAGAUGUUGUCCCUGAGACUCCCACCAGAGCACCCCAAGUUAUCCUUCAUCCAGUGAAUUCUAACCCAAUCCUGGAAGGAAAUCCAUUACUUCAAAUUGAAGUGGAGCCAACCUCUGAGAACGAAGAGGCACAUGAAGAGGAGUCAGAGGAUGACUUUGAGGAGAUGAACCUCUCACUCCUGUCAGCCCGCAAUUUUCCACGCAAGGCCAGCCAGACUAGCAUUUUCCUGCAAGAGUGGGACAUCCCUUUUGAGCAAUUGGAAAUUGGUGAAUUGAUUGGCAAUGGCCGCUUUGGGCAAGUGUUUCAUGGCCGCUGGCACGGCGAGGUGGCCAUCCGCCUCAUUGACAUUGAGCGGGACAAUGAGGACCAGCUGAAGGCCUUCAAGCGGGAAGUGAUGGCCUAUCGGCAGACGCGACAUGAGAAUGUGGUGCUGUUCAUGGGUGCUUGCAUGAACCCUCCCCACCUUGCCAUCAUCACCAGCUUGUGCAAAGGACGGACACUCUAUUCAGUGGUGAGAGAUGCGAAAGUCAUCCUGGACGUCAACAAAACAAGGCAGAUCGCUCAAGAGAUUGUCAAGGGCAUGGGUUACCUCCACGCAAAGGGAAUUCUCCACAAAGACCUCAAGUCCAAAAAUGUGUUCUAUGACAAUGGCAAGGUGGUGAUCACAGACUUUGGCCUCUUCAGCAUAUCAGGAGUUCUGCAAGCAGGCAGCAGGAGGGAGAAUAAACUGCGGAUCCAGAAUGGCUGGCUGUGCCAUCUGGCCCCAGAAAUCAUCCACCAGCUCUCGCCUGACACGGAAGAAGACAAGCUGCCUUUCUCCAAGAACUCGGAUGUCUUUGCAUUCGGCACCAUCUGGUAUGAGCUGCACGCGCGGGAAUGGCCUUUCAAGACCCAACCUGCGGAGGCAAUAAUUUGGCAAGUGGGCCGAGGGAUGAAGCCGAACCUUAGCCAAAUUGGCAUGGGGAAGGAGAUCUCGGACAUUCUUCUCUUUUCCUUGGCCUAUGAGCUUCAGUAAGAGCGCCCGACCUUCACCAAGCUCAUGGAGAUGCUGGAGAAACUGCCAAAGCGGAACCGUCGCCUGUCCCAUCCUGGCCACUUCUGGAAGUCAGCAGAGUAA